AUGGCCAUGGACUUCCUGAUGCUGGGCCGCCCUCAGGAUCGUUAUCAAAACAUUCUGGUAAUCACCGAUCUAUUUACCAAAUACGCCUGGGCAGUUCCGACGCUUGAUCAGACAGCCAACACCACCGCCACAGCUUUAUGGCGCCAUGUCUUUCAGACAUUUGGAUGCCCCGAGUUCCUGCACUCCGACCAAGGGGCGAAUUUCGAAUCCAAGGUAAUCCGUGAGAGGGUCCUGGCGAGAGAUAACCGGCGGCAGGGAAAGGGCAAGCUAAGCGAUCGCUGGGAGGCUAUCCCGUAUGUGGUCUGCAAACAGCAGAGGCCGGGACAACCGGUGUACACCAUCCGACCCGAGGGAAAACCUGGCCCCGAACGUGUGGUACACCGUAAUAUGCUUCGCCCUUGUCCGAACUACCCUGAGGCCGUGAUAGAAGGGCCCGCCGAGCCAGUACCGGAGGCCCCCUGGUUGGAAGGAUGGGCUGUGGUACCAGGGAGACCCAUGGAAACUUUUUCUCUUUCAAAUCCUGUGGGCCGAUUAAGAAAAUUCUAUUUAAUAUCUAAGACUGGAAUGACCACACCUCGAAAUAUUUGUGAACUGCAAAACUACACUGACUUUGUCACAGUUUAUGACAAAGAAGACAAUACAGAUCUAUGUAAAUUGAUCAGUAACAGUAACAUAAGUCUUCCAAAAAAUGCCUUUAUUGGUGCCCACACAACUAACACAAACUACACCAGCAAAUGGUCAAAUGGUGAUGACGUUACAUUCACUCAGUUAAAUGGGACGUGUGGGGAAGAAAAAAUAUGUGGAGCUGCUAUGAGAGCUAAUGGAUCAUGGGAACUUCUUCCAUACAAUACCACUAUAAACUUCAUGUGUUAUGAUGAAGGUAAUUAUGCACCCUCUGUUGUUUAUGUCUACAUUUUAAUCCCUCUAAACAAAACCUGGACUGACGCUCAGUUGUACUGCAGAAAUCAUCACACUGAUUUAGUCAGUGUCAGAAAUGAGAGAGAAAAUGAGAGAGUAAAGAGUAUGGUGAAUGACAGUGAAUUUCCUUUCUGGAUUGGCCUCCUGUAUGAUAACAUUGAAUGGUUUGAUGGAGGACAAUCUGCUUACAGAAAUUAUUCAAUAAUACCUGAUCAGAAUAAGUCAACGUUAUUAAAUAUACUAUCAGUCACAUCAUGGACACAAGGGACAAUGACUGGCUCAUACAAUGCUUUGUGCUACAAAAGCUUCAUUCAUGUGAGCUCUGAUGAAAUGUCUUGGGAGGAAGCUCUGGAUUACUGCAAUAGCAAUGCUUCUGGACGUCUGCGCAUCGAGUCAAAGGAUGAUCAGAUAGAAACAGAACGAGAAUUACGAAGACAGAAGAUUUCUGGUCCAGUGUGGAUCGGGCUUAGACAAAGUCGACUUUUUGGUUUCUGGAUUUGGGCCAAUGGGCUUUAUGUGGGACCCUGGACCAACUGGAAAGGAGGACGUCAACCAGAACAUCAGAAGUCUCUGUACUGUGGUGCCAUUGAGAAGGUGAAUGGUGUGUUCAAGUGGUCUGAUAGAGACUGCAGAUCUAAAUUUAGAGUUUUAUGUGAAGGGAAGUAA